AUAAAUAAUAAUAAUAAUAAUAAUAAUAAUACCUUUCUUCUCAGGCAUCGAUACAGUAGGUGGCGGUAUGCACAUUUACUAACGCAGAAGAAGGCUCGAACCGUCACGUGAGACUUACGAGCCAGACGAGCUUUCCUGACACUUUCUGUAACGUGAACUGAAAAUGACCACUGCACUGACUCAGGGUUUGGAAAGAAUACCUGACCAGAUUGGAUAUUUGGUGGUCAGUGAGGACGGCGUCCUUGCAUCUUCUGGAGAGCUGGAAAAUGAUGAACACACUGCAGGAGUGAUCAUGCAGAUGGUCAGAACAGCUUGUCGGUUCAAACUUCAUGGAGCAGCAGAGCCUCCUUUCAAACGCAUGUCAGUGAUGUUUGAGGACUAUGUUUAUGUUGUCACAAUCUCCGGACAGAAGGUGUUUGUAGUAAAACGGCAGAACAACCAACGGGAACCUGUGGCUGUCUAGAAGAUACAAUUUGGACUACUCAAACAAAAACUGAGUGCCCUUUGAUUAAAUAUGCACCCAAAACAUGACGUCAACUCUACUCUGAGUGAAUUACUCAAGAGUGAGUAUGGGUGUCAAUAUGUAUGAUCCAUUCAUGAAGUCAUUCUCCUCAAGCUUUAAAAGGCUUCACUGAUUAAGGUCUCUGUCCAGAUUUGAUUACACUUUAAAUUAUGGUUAACACAAUACAACAGAUAUAUCUAUAAAAUGACAAAGUGUGAGUAUAACAAUUGCAAAAUAUUGGUAGAUGGAACUUGUUUGAUUUUUCAUUUAUGGAAUAGAGGCUGCAUUUGGCAUCCAAUUUUUUUUUUCUUUUACUGGUGACACCAUUCUUUGAGUGUAGUUAUAUUUUGUAUUAGAUGUGAGAGUUGAUAUGCAGAACUAAGUUUGUGUACUUUAGUUAUGCAUUAGAAUGUUGGGCGUUUUGUUUGAGCACUUUUUUCCCCCAGAAGCUCGUGUAAUAUUUUCAGUGUUUAAUGAACGUUUUUGUACAUAUCCCUGUUCUCAUAAGAAUUCGGAAUCAAUAUUCUUGCAAUUCACUAUUUGAUUUUUACUUUUAUUAAUUACUUUUCCUCCUGAUUAAGUAUUAUUGUCAGUGCAAUUGGAUUGCUUUCUUCCAUCCCCUGGGGAAAGCAAGCAAGUCAGAAGAGUUGUCAAAGUUGGUGAUUCAGUUUGGCCAGCCCUAUAAGUGAGGUAGCAGUGUGGAUUAUUUACAGUGCUAAUGCCAUGCUUGAUUGUUUGGCGCUGGACUAAGCAGUAGAUAUUGAAUACAAUAAUGAUACUAAAUAAACUGCUGUGCAUUAGAGUUGAAUAGGUCAUUUUUA